GGGAGAAGAAUCGCUCGCUUGGAGUCCGUCCAGAUCAUCUGCGCUGAUGGGAAGCGCUCGCCUUGUGACAUUUGGCACCGCUAAUCGCCUCUCCGAUGACAGUUUGUGAUGCGGCGAAAAUGUAGGCUCCAGAUUGUGCCGCAAACGUCAUCGUUCCUGAGCCAGAGAGCACCAGAAAAAGACCAACAUGAUGACAGCUGACAAGGAGAAAAAGAGAGCAAUCAGCCGAGAAGCAGCCAGAAAGAGGAGGCGAGUGGAGACGGACGUUUUCGAGGAUUUGUCUCGCCUCUUACCCCUGCAGCCUUCUGUCCGCUCUCACCUGGACAAACCCUCCAUCAUCCGGCUGACUCUCAGCUACAUCCGCAUGCACACUCUGCUCAAAGAAAACAUGAAGACAGAUGCUGGAGCCGGGGAUGCAACAUGGGUUCAACAUGGACUGGAAGUGGAGGAGGGAUUUAAUGGAGGACAAAACGUGGAGCAGAAGGAGUGCUGGGCGUUCAUGCAAUCAGAGGAGGUGAACAUGUACCUGAGGGUCAUGGAGGGAUUCGUGAUGGUCUUGUCCACCGAGGGCGACAUGAUCUUCCUCUCUGACAACGUCAGCAAAUACAUGGGUUUGACUCAGACGGAGCUGAUGGGGCACAACAUUUUUGAGUACACUCAUCCCUGCGAUCAUGAGGAAAUCAGACAUAACCUCCGUCUGACAGCAGAGGAUGUCUGGUGCAGCCAGAAAAGAGAUUUUGUCAUGAGGAUAAAAAGCACUCUGACGCACAGAGGGAGAAGUGCUAACCUCAAGUCGGCCACAUGGAAGGUGCUGCACUGUCAGGGCAGAGCCAAGGUGUGCAUGGCCUCGUCUGCAGCGUCCUGCUUCCUCCUCACCUGCCGGCCUCUGCCCCUCUCACACACCCUUCUCAGCACUCACACCUUCACCAGCCAGCACAGCAUGGACAUGAGGUUCACGUACUGCGACCAAAGAGUGGCUUCUCUUUUAGGCUACAGACCCAACGAGCUGCUGGGCCGUUCCAUCUACGAUCUCUGUCACACACUGGACACAAACUGCCUGAACAAAAACCAUCUGAACUUGUGCUUAAAGAGCCAGUCCGUCAGCGGUCAGUACAGGAUGAUGGUGAAGGGUGGAGGUUAUGUCUGGGUUGAAAGCCACAGCGCCGUCAUCCCCAGCAGCCGACCCUCCAGGUCCAGACCCGUGACUCACCAGCCCCUCUGCAUCCUGACUGUCACUUAUGUGCUCAGUGGAGUGGAGGAGCCGUCUCUGCAGCUCUCUUUGGACCAAACCACUGACAAAUACUUGAGCUGAAAACUCCAUCUCCAUUUUCUGAUCAAAAAGCAAGCUGCUUGCCUUGAAAUUUUAGACGCUUUUUGUUGAAUUAACCACAUUAAAAUGUGUCUUUUUUCAAAGCACCUUGCAGUCUUUCUCUUAUUGUUGAGACUUUUAAUUAACAGCAACUCUUCACUUCUCACUUUUAGUCCUGCAGUUGCAUAAUCGGUGCAGCAGUCUGACUUUUAUCACUCAAACCAAAGACUGGAAGCGUUUAGAUGUUGACUGUGGUUGACUGACAGUUGAUGGUGCAUAGUAACCGAUCACGUGUUGACAUAAGCAGGUCUCUUGACUUUUUUUUGACCUCCACCGGCCUGACCCUACUUCCCGUGAGGUUUCCUUCUGGGCCACCUGACACGUGUUGUCUACAGAGGCGGCGCACACAGAUAUACAGACUUUGCUGAUCAGGAGAUGUGAGUAGACGCAAGUCGAAGCCGCAGCUUCCUGAGCAAAAGUACCCAAUAGGAAAGUUCUCGUGGGAACUUCUUCAACUUUUUACCUCUCCGCGUCUGCACGCACACAUCCAUGAUGUCUAAAGUUUCGGUUCAGCUUGUUGCGUUAAAGUUAAGCUGCAGAAGAAAAAAAAAGCUUCGACUGAAAUGCCAUAACAAGCGAAUAGAGGAAGUGCCAUGACCCUUGCCCCCUGCAUGACCUGCUGCCAUCACACCUUGUGGUUUUGAGUAGGAAAUCAUCACCUCUUCAACUCCAUUUCUGACUGUUGACUACCGCACCCUUUUAUCAGAUCUGAAUGUUGUGUUUUGGUGAAAUUCUACCUUAAAUCGCACAUUUGUCGCCCCAAUUUUUGGUUU